GUGUGGACUCUGCUAUGAAUCUGGGUGAGGACAGAGAGGAGGGAGUCCAUCCCUCUAAAACCACUCUGUGUGGGGAACAUGACAGCCAGACCAAAGCUCAGAGAUCAGACUCUCCUGUGUCCAGCUGUGGGUCCUUCAACAGUGACUCGUCUAUGGGUGAACCUAUGAACUUCAAAGGUGGACACCCCUCCGAUCAAAAGAUCCAACAUGAGAGACUAGAUUUUCUUGGACCUGGACCUAGACCUGGAGCUGAACCCAGCUGUGUGUCCUUCAAGAGCGACCGUUCCAUGCACAGACCAAUUGACUUCAAAAAAGGACAUCAGUCAAUCAGGAUCCAACAUGAGACACCAGACCAUCCUGGACCUGAAGCUGAACCCAGCUGUGUGUCCGUCAAGAGUGACCGUUCCAUGCACAGACCAAUCGACCUCAAAGGAGGACACCAGUCAAUCAGGAUCCAACAUGAGACACCAGACCAUCCUGGACCUGGACCUGAACCCAGCUGUGUGUCCUUCAAGAGCGACCGUUCCAUGCACAGACCAAUUGACUUCAAAAAAGGACACCAGUCAAUCAGGAUCCAACAUGAGACACCAGACCAUCCUGGACCUGAACCUGAACCCAGCUGUGUGUCCUUCAAGAGCGACCGCUCCAUGCACAGACCAAUUGACUUCAAAGGAGGACACCAUUCUGCUGAUAGAAGAGUUCGUCAGCAGAGCUUAAAGGUUCCCAGUGGUCAGUCUGCCCAGCAGCAUCAAACAUACCUGGACUCCAUAUUAACGCUGCUGGAGGAGAACAUUAUCAGUUUUGUAGAGAAUGAGCUGAAGAAGAUCCAGAAGGUUCUGAGUUCAGAUUACCCUGACUGCUUAGAGAGUCAGAGUGAGGAUGAGGAGGCAUUGGAUGGUGAGGAUGAAGAGCAGAGGAAGAGCAGCAGAGAGGCGUUUCUGAAGAUCACACUGAACUUCCUGAGGAGAAUGAAGCAGGAGGAGCUGGCCGACUGUCUGCAGAGCAGGACUGUUGCUGCAGUAUGCCGACGUGAACUCAAAUCGAACCUGCAGAAAAAGUUCCAGUGUGUGUUUGAGGGGAUUGCUAAAGCAGGAAACCCAACCCUUCUGAACCAGAUCUACACAGAGCUCUACAUCACAGAGGGAGGGACUGCAGAGGUCAAUGAUGAACAUGAGGUCAGACAGAUUGAAACAGCCUCCAGGAAAUCAGACAGACCAGAAACAACCAUCAGACAAGAGGACAUCUUUAAAGCCUCACCUGGAAGAGACAAACCAAUCAGAACAGUGAUGACAAAGGGAGUGGCUGGCAUUGGGAAAACAGUCUUAACACAGAAGUUUACUCUGGACUGGGCUGAAGACAAAGCCAACCAGGACAUACAGUUCACAUUUCCAUUCACUUUCAGAGAGCUGAAUGUGCUGAAAGAGAAAAAGUACAGCUUGGUGGAACUUGUUCAUCACUUCUUUACUGAAACCAAAGAAGCAGGAAUCUGCAGGUUUGAAGAGUUCCAGGUUGUGUUCAUCUUUGACGGUCUGGAUGAGUGUCGACUUCCUCUGGACUUCCACAACAAUGAGAUCCUGACUGAUGUUACAGAGUCCACCUCAGUGGAUGUGCUGCUGACAAACCUCAUCAGGGGGAAACUGCUUCCCUCUGCUCGCCUCUGGAUAACCACACGACCUGCAGCAGCCAAUCAGAUCCCUCCUGACUGUGUUGACAUGGUGACAGAGGUCAGAGGGUUCACUGACCCACAGAAGGAGGAGUACUUCAGGAAGAGAUUCAGAGAUGAGGAGCAGGCCAGCAGAAUCAUCUCCCACCUCAAGACAUCACGAAGCCUCCACAUCAUGUGCCACAUCCCAGUCUUCUGCUGGAUCACUGCUACAGUUCUGGAGGAUGUGAUGAAGACCAGAGAGGAAGGAGAGCUUCCCAAGACCCUGACUGAGAUGUACAUCCACUUCCUGGUGGUUCAGACCAAACUGAAGAACGUCAAGUAUGAUGGAGGAGCUGAGACAGAUCCACACUGGAGUCCAGAGAGCAGGAAGAUGAUUAAAUCUCUGGGAAAACUGGCUUUUGAUCAGCUGCAAAAAGGCAACCUGAUCUUCUAUGAAUCAGACCUUACAGAGUGUGGCAUCGAUAUCAGAGCAGCCUCAGUGUACUCAGGAGUGUUCACACAGAUCUUUAAGGAGGAGAGAGGACUGUACCAGGACAAGGUGUUCUGCUUCGUCCAUCUGAGUGUUCAGGAGUUUCUGGCUGCUCUUCACGUCCAUCGAAAGUUCAACAACUCUGGAGUCAACCUGAUGGCAGAAGAACAAACAGGCACCUCCCGGCGGCCUAAAGUCUUCAAAGACAAACCUAAAGGAAAACAUCUCUGCCAGAGGGCUGUGGACAAGGCCUUACAGAGUCGAAAUGGACACCUGGACUUGUUCCUCCGCUUCCUCCUGGGUCUGUCACUGCAGACCAAUCAGACCCUCCUACGAGGCAUGCUGACAGACACAGGAAGUAGCUCACAGACUAAUCAGGAAACAGUUGACUACAUCAAGAAGAAGAUCAGUGAGAAUCUGUCUGCAGAGAGAAGCAUCAAUCUGUUCCACUGUCUGAAUGAACUGAAUGAUCGUUCUCUAGUGGAGGAGAUCCAACAGUACCUGAGUUCAGGACGUCUCUCCACAGAUAAAUUGUCUCCGUCUCAGUGGUCAGCUCUGGUCUUCAUCUUACUGUCAUCAGAAAAAGAUCUGGACGUGUUUGACCUGAAGAAAUACUCUGCUUCAGAGGAGGCUCUUCUGAGGCUGCUGCCAGUGGUCAAAGCCUCCAACAAAGCUCUACUAGCCUUUUGUAACCUGUCAGAGAGAAGCUGUGAAGCUCUGUCCUCAGUUCUCAGCUGUCAGUCCUCCAGUCUGAGAGACCUGGACCUGAGUAACAACGACCUGCAGGAUUCAGGAGUGAAGCUGUUGUCUACUGGGCUGGAAAGUCCAUACUGUAAACUUGAAAUCCUCAGACUGUCAGGUUGUCUGAUCACAGAGGAAGGCUGUGUUGCUCUGGCCUCAGCUCUGAGCUCCAACCCCUCCCACCUGAGAGAGCUGGACCUGAGCUACAAUCAUCCAGGAGACUCAGGAGUGAAGCUUCUCUCUGCUGGACUGGAGGAUCCACGCUGGAGACUGGACACUCUCAGGUUGGACCACGGUGGACAGCAGAUGUUAAAACCUGGUGUGAGGAAGUAUUACUGUGAGCUCACACUGGACACAAACACAGCACACAGACAACUCACACUGUCUGAAAACAAGAGGAAGGUGAUAUAUGUGGCAGAGGAGCAGCCAUAUCCUGAUCACCCAGAGAGGUUUGACUACUGGGUUCAGCUGCUGUGUGGAAAUGCUCUGACUGGUCGCUGUUACUGGGAGGUGAAGUGGAAAAGUGGGGUUUAUAUAUCAGUGACAUACAGAGGAAUCAAAAGGGGAGGAUACAGUGAUGACCGUGUGUUUGGAGGGAAUGAUCAGUCCUGGAGUCUGAAAUGCUCUGACGGUGGCCGUUUCUCUGUCUGUCACAAAAACAGAGAAGCAGUCCUCUCUUUCCCCUCCUCCUCCUCCUCCUCCUCCUCCUCCUCUGGUAGAGUAGCAGUGUAUGUGGACUGUCCUGCCGGCACUCUGUCCUUCUACAGAAUCUCCUCUGGCUCACGGAUCCACCUCCACACCUUCAACACCACCUUCACUGAACCUCUUUAUCCUGGCUUUGGGUUCUGGUCCUAUGGCUCCUCAGUGUCUCUGUGCUCUUUGUAGGAGGGAGACGACCUCAAACCCUGUGGAUUUAAUGUUGGUCGGCGCAGCUUUACUUCACUGAACUUUGCUACUUAAAGAAGCUGUAAAGAAGUUAUCACAUCUUUAUUGGAUAUGAUCAGUAUUAGUCUUUAUUAACAGGCUAUAUAAAGUUAGUUACAGAGUAUAAUAUUUGACCGAGAUUUGUCUUUUAAUUCUCAUUUCAAACAAACCUCACGGACUGCAUUUUUUCCAUCUGCGUAAUAUUGCGAAAAUUAGGCCUAUCCUGACCCGA